AUGGACAACUCGUUGAUGAUCGGAAUCGGUGGAGAUGCUCCCAUGAUGCUGGGGCUACUGUGGGGGUUCACGAGCGUGGCAUUUAUCUUUGUUGUUUUGCGACUGUAUACACGUAUCAAGGUUGUCCAGGCUUACGGACUCGACGACCACUUUUUUAAUGCCUCUUUUGUUUCUCUUUUAAUAUACGAUGUCAUGUUGACCAUAGCAUCCUACUACGGCUUCGGUCAAGACAUGACAGGGAUCAUUGCCGCCAAGGGUACCGUGGACGGCAUGGAGAACAUAACGAGAGCCAUUUUAUACUCGGCCAUAGGCCAGACGGUGCUCGUCUUUGGCACCGCGCUAUCGAAGACCUCCCUCGCCCUCUUCCUCCUCCGACUCGUCACCACGCGCCGCGACCAGGUCGCCAUCUGGGUCCCCAACUUUUUCCUCGCCACCGCCAUUGUCGCGUCGCUCUUUGUGUUUUGGUUCUCUUGCGUGCCCGUUGCGUAUCUGUGGGACCGACGACUCGACGGUACUUGUCCGAUCGACCCGGGUCACAUUUCGACAUACGCUGGGUGCUGGUCCGUCAUUGUCGACUUCUUCUAUGCUGCCUUCCCCUGGUGGCUGCUAUGGAACUUGAAUAUGCCGAGACGGGAGAAGAUGAUCAUUGGCAUAUCCAUGAGCUUGGGAGUAUUGGCGGGUGCGUGCGGCAUCAAGCGGGCGAUUGAGCUCAAGAACCUGGGCAGCCCAAACUACCUCAAGGAUGUGGUUGGCAUCAUCAUCUGGCACGCUGCCGAAUUCUGCACCACCUUGGUGUGCGUCGGCAUCCCCGUGUGUCGACCCUUGUACCGGGACUGGUUCGGUACGUGGAUGAGCGGCCGUCGCAGUGGAGAAGACCUCAGUGCCAGCGGGAACUCGGGAUGGAUGAAGCACAAGAACGCGGGGGGCGGCGGCGGCGGCGUCUUUGCCAUGCACACCAUUGGGGGCAGUGAGCUCAAGGCGCAAAACAACACAAAUACGAGCGACCGAUACGAAAGACGGGACAGCCGGGCAACGGAUGAGCAGUUGGUCCUGCGCAGCGAUAUUCAUCAAUCCAAACAGGACGCGUUCGCAGUAGGAGCUGCCGAACGGGACAGUGGAAGUGAAUUGUCCAUUCUCGGGCCCGAACAUAAUCAAAAUGCCUCGAUCAAGGUGACAAAAGAGUUCCAGGUUGAGAGCAAAACUCCAUAG